UGCUCAAACUGUUAUUGACCCUUUCAUCUGUCAUGGCGACUCGGACGUAAACAAAACCCUAAACUUCUGUCAUCUGCCUACCCUUUUUUUGAGAUUUGUUAAUAUAUUGAUACUUUUAAUCGAUUGAAGCCUUUCAUUAUCCGUAAUGAUCGCAUGAGAUACCAUAACCAUUGUGUAGAGUCCAAGGCAUGGCUGUGGCUGACAAAAAGGAUAUUGAUUUUACUGAGCUAGAAAGAGAAUUAGAGGCUGCUAUUGACCAAGAUACGAGAUACUGGCUUCAAAAUGAUGCAAAGAUACGUGCUGUAAACCAGCGUGUUGCUACUUAUGAUGAGUUCAGAGAUAUUGUGAAAGCUGCUCAUUUAAAACCCCUGAAGAAGAAAGAUAUAUCGGGCUCUGGCAGUAACGAUUCUAGCUCUUCUCGAGGAAGCUUUGUGUGGAACUCGAUCGCUAGUGGCAAAAAAAAGCCAGCUGCUGAGCGUCAAGAAAAGCACGACAUGGAGAAUGAUGUCUAUCCUAGAUCUGCUUCAAACCAGGUGGACUUACAAAGAGCACUAUCAUCGACUUCAGAAUUUAUGCAGAUGUGGAGAAGCCUUGAUGGAAGUGAAAGGCGAUAUGCAGCUCUCCAGCGUGUAGGUACAGGAGCUCUAGGGCGACUUUUUUCCACAACUGAGAUUCCUGUUGGCCUCCUUGGUGAAAUAUUAGAAGCCGCACUUCAUUUUCGGGCAUCUACCCAUGAAAUUUGUUUUGUUGUUAAAAUGCUGGAGACUCUUACUAAAGCCAAAAGAUUUUGCCUCACACUGGAGUUCCUGAGUUCUGGUGAAAAGGCCACCUGUAAACAGCUGCUCAGUAAGUUGAACAAUAGUCUACAGGGCCAACAACAAGACUUAGCUGAGAGAGGUGUGACUGAAUGGACAUUACGGCAGCUUCACAACGCAUAUAGGGUGUAAAAGUAAUUUUGCAAAAAAAUGUCAUCUUGGUUUUAUUAUUAGACAAUUAUCAUGGAGAAGUGUUUAACUUCACUUUUGUUGUAAAUGAUGUACUUAAACAAAUUUAUAUAACUUACGCACCUAGUCUUUUCUCUGAUCCUGCAAAAUUUAUUGCUGGCAGAGCCAUUUAGUCAUAAACUUUCCAGUCUAUCACUACUCAUCAACUGUAGUGAAAUUUUUGAACUUGAACUUAUUACAUAGGUUUCUCUAUACUGUAGUGGACAAAUAUGCUCUUCAAAUCUUUUAAGGUUCUGUAUUUUUUCCUUGUUGGUAUAUUUCAAUCUGACUUCAGACAGUUUCAGAUUUUUUUAAAAAUUCUUGGUCUCUUUCCAGUAACUUAUAUUUCUUUGAAAUAAAUCAGAUCUCAUCAAUUAAUAUUUAAAUUACAAUCCCCCUUUUUUUCACCAUUUCAAUAUCAUUAAUUUAAAAAGUUUUCAAAUGGGUUGUGUGCUGUUUUUUUUUAAUGAUCUCUAUUAAAAUGAAGCUUAGAAUGAAGGCAUGAUAAGGGAAUACUUCUUCCAAUCUUGCAGCUCAAUUUUAAAAUCAUCAGGAAUCUUCCCCUCUAUUGCAUGUACUUUCUGUGUUUUAUUUAUUUCAAAAACCACCUUGUGAAUGAUCUGUGUUCCAUCUUAACAAGUGAUAUGUUAAUUAUUGUUCAUAUUGUACAAUAAAAGUUAUUAGUUACACGA